UUUCUGAAGGCACUGUACAUCCAUACCCACGCACAUACUGUACACAUAUGCAAACACUCAUACACACUUCCACAGCAAUUACAUGAAUACCGGCAUACACUAACACAGUCACUACUCCCUUACAACCAAUAACAUACUCUCACGCACAUCAAUACACACAUUAUACACAUUCCCUCUUAUACAUCUCCACACGUGAUUGCUGGCUCCUUGUCCUGCCCUAACUAUGGUCAGUCAGGACAAAGAGCCAUUCUUGGUGAGACAUUUCUGAGAGGCUCUGUCAGACCCUGUCACCCUCAGAAAGGAGAAGCAUGUAGCAGAGAGAGUACAGCACGUUGUUGAUCACACUCUCUGUCUCUCCCUCUCUUUCUCUCUCCCUCUCGCUCCCUCUAUCUCUACCCCCCUGUCUUUAAAUGUCUGUCUCUAUUUCUCCCCAUCUCUUUCUCAGGACUGUCUCACCAUGCCAGGCUUCUGGCCCAAGUGCUUAGAAUUUUACACACCAUGUGUUUACACUGUACAUCUGAAAAUCUGUUGCUCAACAACGUGAUGGUGUCUAGAGACUGACAGGUGUUGGAUGAGAGGUUUUGCAGCCAGAGAGCUAUGUGUGUGAGGGAGGUGUUGAGACGAUUCUCUGGUGGUUUGUGUUUUACCAAACAUGCAAGAUAUCACCAGCAUGUUUCAUGUCGAUACAUUAUGUUUCUUAAAUGGUGUCUGUUAGAAGUGGUGGUGGUCUUGGUGGGUGUACCAUGUGGUUUUGAUCUGAGGGAGCACUGCAGUCAUGUGUGACGAGUAUUAUCCACGUUGUGCUUACGUGGAGGGUCUGUAAUCAAAUGCAGGUCUGGAGCAACAAAGUGCUUCCCUGCUGGGUUAACACAUUAUUCACAGCUGCAGUGAGGCAAGGAGAGGAGGAGAGGCAGAGGGAAAUAAUACUGUGAGUAUCCUGUGAUUUUGUUCAGUUGUGAUUAUAUUGAUUUGAAAAGUGCGUUGGGUGUCAUUUGAAAGGUGUGUUAGUGUCAUAUAAUUGCAAAACUUUUUCCAGCUAUCUUAGGUGUUUGUUUGGCUUUAUAAUAGCAGUGAUGUGUGUAGCACAGUGGUCUCUGAGCGGUUCCCCUUGCCAUUAACAAGCUAGUCACCAAGGGACCCUCCGAAAGAGGGGAGAGAGGAGCAUAGCUAGAUAGAGGAGAGCAAGGGACAAGUGUGCCAUUCAAAGUGCGCCCUUUGCGUGAACUCUCAUGUUUCUCUCUUCACUCAGUGAGUGCUGCUCUGUCCACAGCAUUUUCACUUUUUCUUUCCUGACAAGGGACUCUCACACUAAAGACAACUACAACCUCCAUGAUCACUCCCUUUUUCUCUCACCACAGACAAGGUGUGCCGUUACCAUGGCUACGGACGCCAGUGAAACUCAUUUAGAGGUAACCGUAUCCGAAAGCCCAGAGAGGCGACGGCAGGGCAAAUUCCAGCCGUUCCGACGCCUGUUUGGGAGGAGGAAGAAGAGGGAGGCAGCGGAAAGGGGCUUUGAUGCAGUAGAGCUGAAGGCUAGCUUCUCCACAGGGGAAGUGUGCAACGGAGUCGUCUCAGAUGAUGAGGAGACCAAUCAACAUCUGAGGGAGCUGAACCCCAUUGGCGCCCGAGCCCUCUCCCACGACAGUGUGUUUAUCCCAGAGGAAGCAGUACAGGAGCCCAGUCCAGAACAUACCAUGUCCCAGGAAAACGUCUCCGAUAAAGUCAGGAACCUGCAGAGGCAGAUAGCACAGAAUAUCAAGUUUGGCCAGAGGCCCCCCUCUCUGAGGAAGAGUGAGGGAGACGAGGGCAGCUCAGAUGAAGAGGAGGUGCCCAGGAGCCCCCUGAAGGUCUUAGCCCAGGUGGAAGCUGAGCCAGUGGACACAGAGACAAAGGGGGCCAGCCAGAGCCAAGAGCCCAGCCAGAGCCAUGGAGCUGCCCAGACCGGGACUCCCAGUACUCCAGUGAAAUCUCCUAGGUCCAAACGAGUUCUUCCAGCCACCGGUACCAUCGAGUCCAUCGACCUGGACGGAGUCCCACAGUCUGUCCCUAGACUGGACAACACCGCUGCCAAGCAUAAACUGUCUGUCAAACCCAAAAACCAGAGGAUCUCCCGCAAGCACCGCCGAUUCACACAGGAUUUGCAGGAGGUGGAUAUCCCUGGCAUACUGCAGGAGGAAACAGAUGCAGCCGACGUCCAAUACAGAACCGCUGAGGAAGAGACACCCCCAGAGAAAACUAAGAAGCAGAAACUGCAGGAGAACGAGAGACAGGAGUCCAGGAGGAAGCGAGAGCUGGCAGAACAAAGGCACAGAGAGGAAGAAGAGGAUAGGAAGAAGAAAGCAGAGGAGUGGAGGCUGCGUGAGUUAGAGGAGGAGAGAUGUCGCCUACAAGAGGAGGAACUUAUACGUAAAGAGGAGGAGGAAAGGAGGCAGGGAGAGGAGAUGGAGAGGAGGAUGAAAGAAGAAGAGGAAAAGAGGAUUAGGGAGGAUGAAGAAAGGAGACAGAGAGAACUGGAGGUGAUGAGAAUUAGAGAGGAAGAAGAGAGGAUACAGAGAGAAGAAGAGAGAAGGAUGAGGGAGGAAUUGGAGCUUAUGCAGCAAGAGGAGGAGCAGAGGACACUAGAGGAAGAGAAAAGGAGGAAAGAGGAAGAGGAAAGAAUGAGGAAAGAGGAAGAGGAGAGGAAGCAGCACGAACUGGAGGCAGAGCGUCUCUGUGUAGAGGAGGAAAAGAGACUGAAAGAGGCAGAGGAAGAGGAGGAAAGGAAGAAAAAGCAGGUGGAAGAAAAGAGAAAACUGCUUGCAGAGGAGGAGGAGGAGAAGAGACUGUGUGCAGAAGUGGCUGCGAGCAACUCUGACCCUGAAAGGAAGAGGAGGGCGGAGGAGGUGCGCUGGAGAGAGAUGGAGGAGAGACAGAGGCCGUUCACCUUCAAAGUGUCCUCUGGGGAGAAGCAGAUCCUGUUCCAGAAGGUCAACCUGACGCCUGUUACGCCGGCCUCCAGCCAGCAGGUGGGCGCUGUGGCUGAACACAAAGAAGGAGCCAAGGCCUCGUCCCCUGGAGGAGCUGACUCCCCAACCCUCCCGUCCUCUCAGUAUGUCCCCCACACAGCCAUCCUGGUGACGGGUGCCCAGCUCUGUGGGACUGCUGUCAACCUGGACCAUAUCAAAGAAACCGCUUGUAAGUCUCUCCUGGGUCUGGCAGAUGAAAAGAAAGCUGCCAUGGGCACCCCACCACCAACCAAGAGCAAGACUUCACCAGACCGCAAGUCUGGGAAAACCAAAUCCCUCAGCGAGUCCACAGACCAGUCCAGUGCAGCCGUCCUUGCAGAGUGGGCCAGUAUCCGCUCCAAGAUAUUCAAGGGGACGGGGGAGGGAAAGUAUGAGGAAUACCCAGACCACCAGAGCCAGAGCCGACCCAGCAGUGAGGACCAGAGUCCGUUCCUCCAUAGCAACCUCAGGAAGACCAUGUCCGCCAGCGCCAAGUUCUCCAUCACCCCGGCCAGGAAGAAGUUUUCCGACUCAAACAGGAACUCUGAGGUGUUGAGUCAGGAAGAGAAGAAAGGAGGAAGGCCAGCGUCUGCUGUCUCCGACACCUCCUCCAGUGCCUCUGUUCCCCCUGCAGCUUCACCAGCCCCAGACAGCAAGACCCAGAGCCGGGGCGGUAAGACUGUCCGGAUUGCAGACGGAACAGGGGAGUGUAUGUUUGCCAAAGACCUCCCGUCUUUCAUAGUCCCCAGCUCUUCCCAGGCCUCACCCAGACCCAAGGGCUCUGAGACAGAUACUGGGAGCCUGGGAGGAGAAUCAGAGGACUCUGAUGGCCGGGAGGAGGGGGAGGAGAAGGGCCAGCCAUCUCCGUUUGGGAUCAAGCUGAGGAGGACCAACUACUCCCUCCGCUUCCACAGUGAUCAGUCGACAGACAAGAGGAAGAAGAGGUACAGUGCCGGCGACAGCUUCGACGGGGUUCCCUCGCCUCUGACCCCCAUUGACCGCGACUCUGACGCCUCAGUGUUCUCUAAUAGCUCCAGCCCUGCGUCUCCACUCAGAGAGAGCUUUCCUGGGGUCAAGCCUGGACAUGUGAUUGUAUCUCUUCCAGAGCCCCGGGCCAAAGCAGGCAAGUCUCCCACCCCUUCCAUGCACAGCGAGGGGGAGAAGCUGCCUUCCAAACCCUCACUUUAUCAGAGACCCAGCACAUCCCCUAAAUCUGCAACCCCUCCCCCCUCUCCACUCCCCAAAGUGGGCAGAGAGAGUUCCAGUGACGCAGUGGUCCAGAGGAGCUGGGUGGAGGCUGAUUCAGCUGGCCAUGAGGAGCGAGGUGAGAGGAGGAGGGAGGAGACCUCAGCUGUGGCCCAGCUCCACAGGAACGGCCAGGGACAGAGCCAGGGCCAGGGGGAGGAGGAGCCCAAGGAGAAGAGGUCCUUCUUCCCCUCCAUCAGUAUCCCCUGGAGGGAGAAGGCUGACAGGAAGACGGAGCUCAUCAGGAGAGAGGGAAAGCCAUCACUGCAGAGCAGGCAUUCAUUGGACAGUACGCGGGUCCAGGACAAGGAGUCAGGGCCUCUGUGGAUCACGCUAGCGCUGCAGAAACAGAAAGGCUUCAGGGAGCAGCAGCAGAGCCGAGACGAACGCCGCAACCACAGAGAGGCCAAACUGUCUGAGAAACAAACCAAGGACAAAGACAGCGAUGUGUUGCUUAGUCCUAUGGAGGGUAAGGGGAGUAGAAACACCAACCCUCCCAAACCACAGACACCGGAGGAAGCUAAGAGACCAGACACCCUCCUGGGCCGCUUGGAGCGCCGGGACCUCCUGAAGAAAGCCAACACCCUGCCCAGCUCUGUCACAGUUGAGAUUGCAGACUCCACUCCAUCGCCCCCUGCAGUGAAGGAGUUGACCAAGCGCUUCCCAUCCACUGACUCUCCCCAGGUGUCCACUGAGCCGGCCUGGCUGGCUCUGGCCAAGCGCAAGGCUAAAGCCUGGAGUGACUGCCCUCAGAUCAUCAAAUAACCUACUCUCUAACCUGUACACUGCAUCAGUACAGUACACACACACACUGCCCAUGAACUAUGACCCCUGUCCCAAACCAUCCCAUGACCUCUCCUCUCUGGUCUGCACCUGACCCUGCAUUCUAACCUCAGCCCCCAGACCAAGUCAUUCUCCUCCCAUGCCACAAUAACCAUGCACUUGUAUGAUUAUGUCAAAAGUGUGUUUCACAUUCAUAAUAUAAAUACAAUCACACGUUUACAAACAUGAACACUCAGUUCAAGCAUGCUCUUACAUGAAUACUUGAACACAAACUAAAUUACUUUUUUCAAGAUUACCUGGCUGUAUACUAUCAACUAUAUAAUAUCUUCCAACAAGUCAAAAGAUCCUACAGUAGCCAAUCAUGGCCACUGCUGGCCAUUGCAAUAGCCAAUCCCAACCCUUCCUUCCCUUCAGUAGCCAAUCAAAGCUCCACAGCUGUAAAUAGAUCAUGCACUAAACAUAAUACAAGAUAAAAAUGCUGAUGUAUUGGAAAGAUGUGUCUUGACAGGUAUGAAAAAGGGAUAUAGAUUCUUCAUUCAAGGGUACUUUGGGAACAGUGUUUUAAGGGCUACCAGUAGCCAAUAACCCAACAUGACAGAUGAUCACCCUGGUUUAUCUCCCUUAAAAUAAAAACAUUUCCUUAUCUCGUGGGGUUUAUUUCAAGCACUGGUUUUAACAAUGUUGAAACAAUAUAUUUGUCAUCUCUGAGCCUUGUCUGCAAUGUACAGAAUAAGCUUAUUUUUGUUUCUUUUUUAAAUUUAAUUUUUUACAUGUAUUCAAAAGCAGUACUUAGUAUAGAACUAUUCUCACUGUGUCCGUGAUGACUGUGACAGCUGUCAAAGAUGCUAUAUUGUAAAAAAGAAAAAUACAUUGCCAUGACAGAGUUGUUUCAAUCUCACCGCAGUUUGUAAAAUAACACUAGAUCUGUCAUGAUCAAAUGUCGACUGUACUGAAACACAUCAUGAAAGGCCAGGUGUCAGGUGGUUGUGAAUUGCACAAUGUUCUUACCACUCUAACUGUGUCCUGUAUUUUGCUUUGCUAUAGAAAGAGACAACCUACCUGCUGUAACAUACAUUCUCCUGUCAUAUCCCCUGUGUGCUCGAGUCACCGCUAAUGUGUUGACCUAUAAUAAGGCCUUUUCUCCUCCAGCAUUUGGAAAGUCACAUUCUGGGAUAAGCUUAAAGCUGUAUCACAUCCUCUUCAUUUUCCUCAAUGUCAUGUGAACCAGCCAGCCUUGCUAUGAGAACAUCUGCCGGGCUGUCUGUUGAUGACAGACAUCCUAUGGCUAUUUCUCCCAUCACUACCUUGCUCUCACUACUCAGUGUAAAGACCUGUAUGUGUGUUGUUAGAGGCGGUUUUACCAGAACGUUGGUCAAAAAGAGGACCCCAAGGCUCAGUCACUUUGGCAUUUUUGUUUAACUUUGAUUGUGUGCAAUAGUGUAGUGUACACAGUGUUGUAUGUAACAACAUAUUGUUUGAUAAUAUUUGCACUUUUUUUGUCUGACUUAAAAGGUAUUCAUGAGAACAUCUUAAAGUGAUGCAAAUGUUAUGAAUUAUGUAAAUUAAAUACUGAUGUCUGAA